AUGAGCCAAAUGGCCCCCGAAGCAACUUCAGAAUCAAUGGAUCUCCUUUCGCGUGCAUGGUGCAGCUCUGCCAUACAAGUUUUCCAACCAACAUUGCAGGAUGUUUCGAUGAAUUUCAACAAGAAACCAGUGAUGGCACUUGAGCAUGAUAAGACCACUCCCUUGUCGUUGCAGAAUAGCGAUAAGAGCUUAAAAGCAGAUGAUGAUGAUCUCAAGUCAGUACCACAAUGGAAGUUUGAUGAUCUGAAGUCAUGGAUAUGGCUGCAGAAGGCAAUCCAUCCAGAACUGGACUAUGAUUUGUGCCUAAGAAAGAAAUGGUUCUCUCAGAAGAUUCCUCCUUGGAAUGGUAUCUCUAUAAAGAAAUGGAUGAAGGAAAUGAAGCAGAAGCGGAAGGAGGACAAGCGGUUGCAGAGAGCAGAAGUGCAUGCAGCCAUAUCAGUUGCAGGUGUUGCAGCUGCACUUGCAGCCCUUGCUGCAGAGAAUGCAGAACCAAGCCAAUCAAAUGCAUUGAAAGAUAUUGCAGUGGCCUCUGCAGCUGCUUUAGUUGCACAACAAUGUGCCCAAGUGGCAGAAGCUGUGGGCGCAAAGCACGAGCAGCUCACUUCUGCUAUUAAUGCAGCCAUGACUGCCACAGAUGCAAGCAACAUCAUUACUCUCACAGCUGCUGCAGCAACAUCAUUGAGAGGGGCAGCCACACUAAGAGGAAGGCCAGGUCAAAGGGAGAGGAUAAAGGAAACUUUUACACCAAAGCUUGUGUAUGAUGAGUUUGACUUUAACUUUGGAAGGUGUAGUGCAUCAGUGGCAAAGGGUGAUGAAAUCUUUGUGGCAACACCAGAUGGUAGAUGCAGAUUAAGAUCAGUCUCAGCUGUCCUCAACAGAGAUGCCAAAGUUAUCUUAAAAAUCAAAAAGAUCAAUUUUCUCAUGGCUUUUUCCAGUGCAAAAGAAAGUAUUGUGUAUGAUCUACAUGUCAGCCCUAUUGAAGAGCCUAUCAAUGAAGCAGAAUCCUAUUCGAUCAGUAUGACCACAAGCAGAGGAAGGAUCGAGCUCAAAAUCGAAGAUUAUGUGAAGUACAAGAAAUGGAUGAUGACCAUAAAUCACAUGUUAAUGUUUUCCACAACUUUCAAUGGACCUGAACGACAAUUCUGAAGGAACUAACACAUGCUAUUGUUUUCAACACCCCCCCCCCCAACCCCACCAUCGAACUUGUUACUAAACUUUUUCAUGUUCAUAGACUGUGCUUGGACAUAGUGAAUAAUGACUCUACCUCAUGUCUGAUCAUGACAUCCAUUUUUUUAAUCCUA